GGACUUUUAUUUUGGCGUAAUGCGCCAAUCUUGACAGUUUACACUGAGUUUACAUUCACGAGUCAAGAAAUGAACCGCGAACUGUCGAAAUCUUCAUACAUGGCGCUGCAAAGUCCCACCGCUGGACUAAAAACCAUAACUGGUUACAUUUUACCCGAACGACACGCUGUACAGUCAAACCAAGAAGAUGUUUCUGAAAGUGAAGAUGAAGAAGAGGAAACACAGCCCGAGUUUCUGGACAUGAAAGAGAUGGAUUCUGUUUCAUCUGGGGGAAACAUGUUUAAAUCUUCCGUGGUAGCGUCAAAAGAAGUUCCAUUCAUGGCCGGUAAUAAGAUGUAUCAGAUUGAUGGCCGUUUUCCCCUCCAUGACCCCUGGUGGGAGGUCACCUGUACAAUUCGCCAAGGCCGGCACAAAAAUUUUGUUAGAGGCUUCCCCUCCUACAGACUCCGCACUGAUCUGGGAACAGAGGGCCGGUCACUUGUGUCUCUCUUUCUUAAAGCAUGUGAGGCAGAACCUGACUUUGUUAACUUUUUUAUGGAGUGGUUGCCCAACGACAGACGUGUGGAGCUUGGCAAUGUGCUGGACGUCCUGCAGGAUUUUGAAGAUUCAUCUCCUGAGAAUAAAGCUGUGGCUAAACAGCUCAAGUCAAAUGUCAAUCGCUCAGCGGCUUGGACACACAUUCGAGUUGCCAGCUUGUACCCUGAAAUCAUGAAAUACUUACCGACAUUGCUGCCAGGCCAGUUUAUGGACAUAAUAAACAAAGGAAGGAUGGAACAAAUGCCAGAAACUUCCGAGCGAGAUGAUUAUACUACUACAGAAGGGAGCGAUACAAAUGUAUUGACCAAACUUGAGGAGCUCAUUAAAACUGAUGUAUGGAAGCUGGGCUUCAAUUAUAUCAUGUUUAAAGAAUUACAUCUGGUCCGAUGUGAAGCACAAACGGAGGCCUUCAAGCUCUGUCAUUUAUUUUUGAGUAUCCCUGUGCUGCAACGUAAUGCCUUGCUGUUGUAUACAGAACUGAAAAGACACUGCAGAGCCACUGGUAGCACAUACGCUGACCGGGAGCUGCUGGAGAAGAAUAUAUCGAAUGAGACGGGACAUCUGGGCACCUGGGAAGCUUUAAGUUUCCUUGUGGAGCAGGGGGUGCUUAAAAGAGAAGGUGACAGGGUGGCACUUCGGAACCUCUUCGGCUACGAGAAAGGCAUUGCCGAAUGCUUGAGAGGCCUUGUUGAGGGAGACCCCUGGAAGAUCCACUUGGAUGUGAGAGAGGUUCUUCGCGAAGCUCAACUGGAUAGAUUAAGGGCGAAGGCCCUGGAAAACCACAGUAUGACUCUUUCUAAGAAAUCUAAGGCUGAUGCAAAAACGUCAGUCUCAGAAGCACAAAAUGACAUUGUUCAGGAGGUUAAGGUUGAGCAGAUGGAUCUGGCGUUUCCUCAGCCUGGUACUUCAAGCGUGGUCCACCAAAAUGGAGCAAUUACAACAUGUGAUUCUUCUCAGUCCUGUGAAAUUAUAAAGCUCACUAUUAAGGAGGAAAGUGUAACUUCAGACUCAGACUCCUCAAAUGACUCCACUAACUUUGACAUUGAUCCCUCAACUAUAGAGUUAGACCCCGAUCAAGUACGAGCAGCAGAAAUGAUGUGCGCCAACCCGGUGACUGUGAUCAGUGGGAAGGGGGGUUGUGGGAAGACCACAGUGGUCAGCCUGGUGUUUAAGGCGGCCAUGGAGCAACAGACAAGUGACAGAGAAGAGGUGCUGAAGGCCUGUGAGGACUUUCAGAAUGACUCUCAGGGGUCCAGUAAUGGUCUGCUCUCAGAUGUUCACAAGGAGAAAAAAGAUGAAAGUAGUGACCGUGAUGAAAAGCCUGUAGAGGUUCUCCUCACUGCUCCUACAGGAAGAGCUGCUUCACUUCUCACCAAGAGAACUGGUUUCACUGCUUAUACUAUGCACCAGGUUUUAUGGAGUUUCAUGAACACAAAAAAAGAUGGAAGUGGAAAUCCUGCGGCAUGGAAGUUCUCGAAGGUGCGUGUGCUGGUGGUCGACGAGGGGAGCUUGGUGUCUGUUCAGAUCCUGCACUCUAUUCUCAGCAUGCUUACCAAACACGCAGAACUCCAGAAGUUCAUCCUUUUGGGUGAUGUGAGACAGUUGCCCAGCAUUGAGCCUGGAAACACACUGUACGAUCUGUUUACAGGUCUCAGGAAGGUCCGGUGGGCCAUUGAGAUGCGGACCAACCAUCGUUCUGAGUCUGAGCUCAUCGUCAAAAACGCUGGAGUCAUCUCAGAGAUGGGUAUAAAAAGACAUUACAGUCCUCUGGAGUUUGAUGCCACUGUAAACAUGAUGAGACCUUCCAAAGUGCCAUCUGACAAAAGGUUCAUUUUUGUCCAAAUCUGUGGUGAAAAUGAUAGAUUUGACCUCCAGGAUGCCAUUACAUUCUUACUUCAGGAAGGUCCUGGACUGGAGGAUCAUAAAUUAUCACAGUUUGUGGCUUUCAGGAGAAAGGACUGCGAGUUGAUCAAUGAGCUUUGUUGUAAACAUUAUUCUAAUCAUAUUACAAGGACUUCCAAAAACAAAAUGAACUUUCAACCAAAAGAUAAAGUUUGCUGCACUAAGAAUGGCUAUGUCACAGACCAUGAGAAGAAGAACGAAGUAGUGACUUCCUUUGAUACUGCCAGAGCUGAACAAAACAGCGCGCGGUCUUCCCAUGAUGAUGCUGGAAAUCAGACUCAAAAUAAACAGACGAAAGAGAAGAAAAAGCGACUGUGCAAUGGGGAAAUUUUCUUCAUUGAAGCUGAUGUGACUAAAGAGGAUGAGGAAAACGGACGUAAAAUCAUGCGCUACCUGACACUAGAUGAUGACAAUGGAUGUGUGGUCACUUGUAGCUACAGGGAGCUACAGAGAGAGUGUAAACUGCGCCAUGCUUGGGCAAGAACCAUUCACACCUUUCAGGGCUCAGAGGCCGAAACAAUUGUGUACGUUCUUGGAGACAGCACUGCUCAAAACUGGCAGCACGUAUAUACUGCAGUAACACGCGGUCAGAAGCGUGUUUAUGUGGUGGGUAGAGAGGGUGAUCUAGAAGAAGCCAUCAAGAGAUGGAUCAUCCCCCGUAACACACGAUUGUGCCGCUUCGUCACGAACGUAGUUUCCCAGCAAGGUCCUGAAGUCUUGUUGACUCAGUCUGCCUUCAGUCAGACUCAAAUAGAAACUCCUGUGAACCACGGUUUCGGCCCUUCACAGUCCACACCAGUGGCCUCGCAGACCCCUAGUCGCCACCACUCGAAGCUCUCCAGACCUUCAUUUGUACACCACCUUUAUGAAGAUGAAAAUGAACGAAGCUAUCAAACAUCAAACGAUAUCUGUUUACAAGAUGAUGUAGCAUUCACUCAAACCUACUCUUGGUCGCCUAUGGACAGUUGCGAUGAGCCAAGCAAAGUGCACAAUGAAAAUGCAUUCGAAUUAUCCAAUCAUGUUGAUAAUGCACCAUUGUUAGAAGAGGUCAGCUCUCCCUCAAAUGAAUGCAGUAGGGGUUCUAAACGGGUUAUCCCUUUAGACAUCUGCUCUACACCAACUAAACAACCAAAGCAAACCACUUCAGAAGAGUCUCCGCUGGGCAGCUCAAGACUGAAGCUUCUGUCCAUUACCAGUCCCAGCCCCAAAUCUGGCAGGCAGCUCUUCCCAGACAAUUCAUGUUCUCACAGGAAACAGCCUUAGUGUGGUCAGUGCCAAGACCACACGUCGAAGCUGUAAAGAAUGUAAUUAAUGUGGUUUUUUGGGGGGUGGUUUUCAGAGGAUUUGGAUGAGCACGAGUUGGCGUUUACAUAACGAUUAAUUAUGAAUAAUUUGCUCAUUUCAAUUUGCUCGUUAUCUAAAAUAGGACUUUAUUGUAUAAUAAUAGUCAUAAGAAAAAGAAUGCCAAGAAUAACAAUAUCCUGUUAUAUAUUGUGAUACUGUGGAAGAAAUGUGUGAGUUCCAUUUGCUGUCAGACAUCCUUAGAAAAGCAUUAUUUUUAAAUCAUAUGUAACUAACAAUUGUGUAAAAGAAUGAUAAAAUCUGUAAUUUGCCAUUUUACACACCAAUACAAGAAAAUGUUAUCGUAUCUAGAUCAGAUUUGUAAUUGAAGCUUUUCCUUGUUUAUUACAAUGUCAUUUUAAAUACUUUUAUAUAUUUAUCUAAUAUCUUACUAGCAAACUUGUUAAGGUACAAACAUGUUAUGCAGGAUAUUAAAAAAAAAAAAAAAAAAAAACUCCCCUCAGUGUUUAUAUAAUGUAAAUCAGAGUUUCUAUCUAUUAGGGCCAGAGCAAUGUUUUGAUUCUAGAAUGAAGAAUUUAGGAUUUCUUAACAACGGUAAGGAUGUACUUUUAAAAUCUCAUUAAGGUUUGAUUGGUCAUUGUAUUGUUAUUGCCAUAAUUUCACUUUUUAUUUAAAUCCUUAAGGAUGUGACAGGUUUAUUUUAAAAGCUCAGCAUGACAGUUGUCUAACAAUAAACCUCUUAACAGUA